UCUCCUAGCUGCCCGCCCCUCGGCCUGGCCGGCCUGUGGCUCUGGCGGCGCUCCGCCCCCUACCCCUGGCUCCCGCACCUGGGAAGGGCGACUCUGGGCGAACGCGAGAAUUAAGGGGGUGGGAAGGUGUGAGCCGCAAACUCCGAGGAGGGCGGGAAGGAGGAGGAGGCCUCGGGGGGUGAUCAGGGGAACAGGGGGUCCCGUCGGCAGAGUCCGUCGGCCGCCGGACCGACGCGGGCUGAUCGCGGAGGUCUCGGGUCUGGACGCUUGGAGCGGGCGGCGCGGUGAGCGGAGCCAUGGCCUCCGGUGGGUAUAACCCAUGUAUAGAGAUAAUUGAACAGCCCAGGCAGAGGGGAAUGCGUUUUAGAUACAAAUGUGAAGGGCGGUCAGCAGGCAGCAUUCCAGGGGAGCACAGCACAGACAACAACCGAACAUACCCAUCUAUCCAGAUUAUGAACUAUUAUGGAAAGGGAAAAGUGAGAAUUACAUUAGUAACAAAGAACGACCCAUAUAAACCUCAUCCUCAUGAUUUAGUAGGAAAAGACUGCCGAGAUGGCUACUAUGAAGCAGAGUUUGGACAAGAACGCAGACCCUUGUUUUUUCAAAAUUUGGGUAUUCGAUGUGUAAAGAAAAAAGAAGUAAAAGAAGCUAUUAUAUCAAGAAUAAGGGCAGGAAUCAAUCCUUUCAAUGUUCCUGAACAACAGCUGCUUGAUAUUGAAGAUUGCGACCUCAAUGUGGUGAGAUUAUGUUUUCAAGUUUUCCUCCCUGAUGAACAUGGUAAUUUGACAACUGCUCUACCUCCUGUUGUCUCUAACCCAAUUUAUGACAACCGUGCUCCAAAUACUGCAGAAUUAAGGAUUUGUCGUGUAAACAAGAACUGUGGAAGUGUCAGAGGAGGAGAUGAAAUAUUUCUACUAUGUGAUAAAGUUCAGAAAGAUGACAUAGAAGUUCGGUUUGUGUUGAACGAUUGGGAAGCAAAAGGUAUCUUUUCACAAGCUGAUGUACACCGUCAAGUAGCCAUUGUUUUUAAGACUCCACCAUAUUGCAGAGCUAUAACAGAACCAGUAACAGUAAAAAUGCAGCUGCGGAGACCUUCUGACCAGGAAGUUAGUGAAUCCAUGGAUUUUAGAUAUCUGCCAGAUGAAAAAGAUACUUAUGGCAAUAAAGCAAAGAAACAAAAAACAACUCUACUUUUCCAGAAACUGUGGCAAGAUUGUGUUAAUUUUCCUGAAAGACCUAGACCUGGUCUAGGAUCAACUGGAGAAGGACGAUUCAUCAAAAAAGAAUCCAACUUUUCUCAUGGUGCAGUUUUGACAGAUAUGUCCAGGACCUCAGGCAUUUCAAGCCAAGCAGACUCUUACUAUUCCUCGUCUGUGUCCAUCUCGAGUGCGUUGUCACAUCAUACUUCAGCCAUACCUGCAAUGGUAUCUCAGCCUUCAAGCUGGUCUUCAGGGGCCCACCCCACCUCACGCUCAGUCAACACAAAUCCACUGAGUAGUUUUUCAACGGGGACACUUUCCUCUAAUUCACAAGGUGUCUCACCAUAUCUGGAAAUACCUCUUGUGAGUGAUUUGAAUGCCUCUAAUGCUUGCAUUUAUAACAAUGCUAAUGACAUAGGCAGAAUGGAAGCAUCAUCCAUGUCAUCAGCUGAUUUAUAUGGUAUUUCUGAUGCCAACAUGCUACCAAAUUGCUCUGUGAACAUGAAUGACAGCAUGAGGGAGUCUGAUAAUCCAAGACUUGUGAGCAUGAAUCUUGAAAACCCUUCAUGCAAUUCAGUGUUAGACCCGAGAGACUUGAGACAGCUCCAUCAGAUGUCCUCUUCCAGUCUGUCAGCAGGCGCCAGUUCCAGUACUACGGCUUUUGUUGCACAGUCCGAGGCAUUUGAGGGAUCUGAUUUCAAUUGUACAGAUAACAGUAUGAUGAAUGAGUCAGGGCCAUCAAACGGUACUAAUCCAAACAGUCAUGGCUUUGUUCAUAGUCAGUAUUCGGGUAUUGGCACUAUGCAGAAUGAGCAAUUGAGCGACUCAUUCGCGUUUGAAUAUUUUUAAGGUAACUUGUGCGAUUUAAAUGGUUACUCAAGAUUUAAAUCCUUUGACAUGUUUGUAACCAUUUUUAUGUUACCUAUAUAGAUACAGUAUUUUAUAUUUCUCUGAGACUAUAACAUAGGGUUUUGUUUUGUUUUGUUUUUCAUUUAAAAGAUGACAGUUCAAAACUUCUUUAUCAGAGAGAAGUAUAAAACUUUGGGGAUGUAGGGCCUUCCUCUAACAGGCGAUCUUGGCUCUGGAGCUCCUUGUUUAGCUGGCAGAGAAUUUGUCAGGAUAUAAUGAAAGAUGAAUCUUCAGUGCUGAAGCUACAGCUUGAAAGAGAGGGAUGAAAUCAUUUCCUAACUUCAGGAAGAGGAGGAAAAAUUCCAGCAUUUACAGAAGACUUUUGCUUCAAAGAGUAGAUAAAUCUACACAGACUGAACUUCUAGGCUAGGAUGCCCUAUAGACGCUGACAUCCAAUGAAGGUUUAUUAAACCAGCACAUACUUUAGCUUAGGCUAAAUCAUUAUUUGACAUAAGUGUAUAAAGUACAUGUUAAAUAUUGAAUAAAACCAAUUUUCCCAUUAACCCCCCCCCCCCCACACACACACACACACACAACUUUGGGUAUAUUGAAUAUAAAGCUAGAAAGUACCACAACAGGACAAUUCUGAAAUGGAAAUUUAAAAGGGCCUUACUGUUUCUUCUUUUGAAACAUGUGACCUGAUGCUAUGUGCGGUGCGAAUUCUGUCUUUAGAGUCCUAUCUCAUUUCCCCAUGACAGAAUGAGAAGGUGAGAGACAGCAAGGCUCUAGUUUUUCCAAAUAUACUUUUUUAUACUUCUUUUAUACUGUAUUAAUGUAUUCUUAGGUAAAUGAAUUAACUGAUAUUUGCUUUUAAGCAAAUUUAAGGUGAAACCUGUAAUGACUAUGUCAUUGGAAAAAUGAAUUACUUAUUAUUUUUGAGACCCAUGGGCCAAGGUGACCCCUAAGGGGUUUUCUGGAGUUUCUUAGAUUUUUUUUUUUUUUUUUAGAGAGAGAGUGAGUAUGAGCUGGGGGAAGGGGCAGAAGGAAAGAGAAUCUUAAGCAGGCUCCACACUCCUUGUGGAGCCCAAUGCAGGGGUUGAUCCCAUGACCCUGGGAUCAUGACCUAAGCUGAAACCAAGAGUGGGAUGCUUAACCAGCUAAGCCACCCAGGUGUCCCUGAGUUUCUUAAAUUUAUAUGUAAAUCAAAAAUCUUUAAAAAUUUAACUUGGACAGAAGGGAGUUGAAGUGAGCUUUCAAGGUAGGGGAAGUUCUCUACAUUUCGGACUUAAAUCCCUACCUUUAGAAUUGUGAUUUUAGCUUUACAUCCAUGUCUUUAAGGUGAAGAAGUUUCCUUAGACCUCUCUUCUUUCUUGUUUCCUGACUCACUGUGAUCUCAUCCAAUUUCGUGCCCUCUUCCUAAAUUUUACCCUUAGACCUAUCCCCUGACCUCCAGACUUGGAACUUACAUUAUGCAUGCAAAACUGAUUAUUUGACAUCUCUGCUCAGAACCUAAUUAAAGCUCAGACUCGACAUAACUAAAACUGAGUUCUUGAUCUUCCCUCCCAAAUUUGCUUCUCCUUCAGUCUUCCCCAACUUAGUAAUAGUAAUGCCAUGCUCCUAAAGUUGCUCAGGUCCAAAACCAUGGAGUCAUCCUUCAUUUUUUAUCUCCCAAAUCCAAUCCGUCAGCAAAUCUGGUAGGCCCUGCCUUCAGAAUAUAUCCAAAGUUCACCUCUUUUGACCUCUACUAUCAACUUCCUGUUCUAAGCCACUGUCGUAUCAUCUCCUGCCUAUAGCCUCCAAAAACACUCCUACAUCCUUGUGCCCCUACUGUCUAUUCUCCCAAAAGUAGCCAGAAUAAUUAUUUUUAAAACAAGUCAAAUUGUCAGUCAUCUGCUCAAACCAUCCAGUGGCUUCCUACUCCCACACAGAGUAAAGACCAAAGUCCUUAAAAUUAGCAGGCCCACACUCCCUGUCCUGUCUCAUCUCUUACCGUUUUCUUUUCCUCACUCAGCUCCAGGCAUUUGGAGCUUCCCUUCAAAAACACCACUUAUACUCAUGCCUCAGACUCUUUGUGUUUGGUGUUUUCUCUGCCUUGCCUAUUUCUCUCUCAGAUACAUGCGUGGCUCACUUCUUAACAGCCUUCGGAUUCACUCAGCUGUUACUGAUCAAGGCCUUACUCAACUAUCUACACAUGAGCACUCCAUGCCCCCUCUCCCUUAUAUUGGUCUAUCGUACUUAUCAGGAUCUGACUUUACUAAGCAUUUGUUUAUUGAAUCCCCAGUUUGUGGAACAGUGUCUGCCUCCUAUUAAGCACCGACUAAUUAUUUCAAAGUACUACUACUAGAACUUUCAAAGUGUAGUACUAAUAGAAUGUUCAAAGUAUUAUAGAACUUUGUUUUUUGAAAGACCAGCUCUAAUUAUUAGAUGCUUAGGAUUUUUUAUAAUUCUGUUUAAUGUGACAUGGGGUUUAUGUCUGAAUCAUGUACCUUCAGGUCAAGGAUUAAUACUGGUAAUCCAAAUUGUUUGAAAGCAGAGCAAUCCCAGUGGCAAAAUGAUGGUAGAAUUUAGGCAGUAAUAGUAGUUGUGAUGGAAUUGUCAUGAUGCUAAGUAAAUAGCUUGUCAAAGACUUAGUCUCUUUUACAACCAGAAUCUCCCAUAAAUAUUGAGCAUGUUCCGAGCUAGAAACAGUGUGUCAUUUCACUUACGUAGUGUCCAAGCAAACCAAUAAAGUUUAUUGGAACAAUCAAAAUGGGAAAUGUGUGGAUGUCAUGUAAAUAAAAAUUCCGAGUUGAAUGAUCCUGGGAAAUGAGAAGGCGAGCAAAGAUAAAUCUUGACUUGAGGUCUGGAUAGUUUAGGAAGCAGAAGAAAAAGAGUAAACACACAAGUACCAUUAAUAUUUCUCAGAAAUUUGAUUUCAAAUCAAAACAUUUGUUAUGUAACUUUAAAAACCAUAAGCAUAUAGCAUACUUUAGAAGUACUUAACCAGUAAGUAAGGAAAACUUGGAAGGUAUAAUUCCUUUUUUAUUCAAAAUAUGAACCCAGGAUAUCUCCAGAUAGUGGUUCAUAGGUGCUGAGGUUUUUUUUGUUUUUUUUUUUUAAGAAUCCUAUAAUUUUAUAUUAAUUAGCACUGGCAAGCUUAAACACAGACUGUUAGAAUAUCUAAGUGGAUUUUCAUUAAAUAAGCAAUUGACUUGUUUCGCAGUUUUGGAUUUUUUUCUGUGUAAGCCGCAUUAAGAUACUGCAACAUCGGUGUUUAGAGUAUUUCCAGUGGAUUUCUCAUUUUUCAGGUGCUAUUUACUGAUUGUAGAAUUUAUUUUAUAAUUUAAAAAGAAUUUGGCACCUGCUUCUCCUUGAUCUCUAAAUGUAUUUAUGCUCUCACACGUAGUUUCCAAGGAAAAGGUGCCCUUCUGCCUUUCUAAAUGAACUCUACUUGUACCUUGGACUGUCCUCUCUCUCCCAUCUUGUUUUUGUGUCCUCAUAUCACCAUUUAGUGCUGGUUUUCUUUGUAUAAAUGUGGUAAAUGUCUUUUCUAGUCUAAAAAGAAAGGAGACAAAAAUCUUUCCUACCAACUUCAUGCCCUUUCCUUCACAUCUGGGCUUGGGAAAUGCUUUCAGCCUCCCAUUUCCUCAGCUCCCAUUCUUUGGCUUACUGUUUCAUAAUAUUCUGGGGAGAGGGCCAGAGUCACUGUCCUUGUCAAAUCUAGUGUCUUUUUGUCAGUCCUCACUCUUCCUGACCUAUUCAUAACCUUCUUCCCUAUUGGCCACUCCCUCCUUGGAUGCUCCUCCCAGGCUUCUGUGGUAGAUUAGAUUCUCCGAGGCUGACAUUUUUUCCACAGUCUCAUCCCCAGCCCUCAUUUGGUGCUAUUUUUCCCCCUGGGUGGCCUCAUCAAUGCCCACGAUUUCAGCUUUCUCUCAUGCUGCCCACACUUACCUUUAUAAACUGGCUCCCCCUUUGGAUUCUCUACUUUCAUUAAUGGGAUUGCCAUUUACCCUGCCACCCAGAAUAGUUAAUAGGAACUUCAAAGUCACAUUUUAUUCCUUUUCUCCCUCCCUCACACUCAUACUUAGUUAUCUGGUCUUUUUAAUUCUGCCUCAUAAAAAUGACUUGCAUUUUUCCCUCCUUCCUUCCUAGUGCUUUCUUAAUAUAGGUCUUCAUUCCUUUUCCCCAACAAGAAUCUUCUGUAUACUGUGGUUAACAGUAAUACCACAGUCGCCUUAAGCCCUAUUAUGUAGCUGGCAUUCCUUGAAAAAUCUCUCAGGCUGCCAGGCCUCCAUACCUUUGACAUACUCACUUGGCCUCUGCUCUUCGGCAACGACAUGCAUCCUUUUUUUUUUUUUUUUUUUUUAAAUAUAAAAAUCUGUAUUUAUUAUAGUUAGCAUAAAACAUUUUUUGCAUCAAUUAUUGUUGUAAUUUAGGCUGAAUAACUCCAGCUAUUUUGCUACUGUGCCGAAGUCCUCUUUUGAACCUACAAGGAAGAGCCUGUAAUACUUAUGGAAAGCGUUACCAUAGCAGCCUAUAUUGAUGUCACAAGCUCAGGCUUCUGACUUCAUUGCAUAAUGCAGUAGCAACUGGGUUUGCAGCAGAAACACCCUGCUAAAGAAAAGUACCUUGGUUCACAGCAAAGGGGACAAAGGAAAACAGCAAGAUAUAGGGAGUUGAAAGAAAGGAAUUACUAAUGCCUUGUAGUAGGUAACUAGCUCACAAAGAUGAAGAGGACACUUUGAAAUUAAAAAGCAUAUAGGGGCACCUGGGUGGUUCAGUCACCCGGGUGGAACCUGGGUGGCUCAGUGGACCCGGUGGCAUCCGGCUCAGGUCAUAUCAUGGGUUGGGGAGUUCGAACCUUGUGUCAGUCUCCACACUGACAGUCCAGAGCCUGCUUGGAGUUCUCUCUCUCUGCCCCUCCACCGUGUGGGUGCUCUCAAAAUAAACAAACUUUUUUUGAAAAAGCAUAUAGCUAGAGUUUUUUAUUUUUUGAAAUAGUAAUGGGUAAAGGAUAUGAUUGAUGUCCUAAUCUUAAUUUUAAUAAAAAUGUGGAGAACUCUUACAUCAAUAUGUCAUAUUAUAUAGCUAGAUCUAUUUAAGCAUGUGUUUGUAUGUCUCAGUGAAAGAUUAUAUCUGUUAAUGAGUAUUAUGCUUCUUAUACUGGGUACAUUAAAUCAUCAGUGUUUAUUUUACCAUGCAAAUAUUCAUCCUCAUUAGAAGACAAAUAAGUGACAUGGCUUUGUUCAUUUAAAAUAAAAUAAAAAUUUGCAAUGAUAA